AUGGCUCCAGGAACUGGGAAGAGCGUGUUUUUGGGAAACAUUCCUUACAAUCUUACCGAGGAGCAAGUCAAAGAUAUUCUCAGUACAGCUGGGACAGUCACAAAAUUUCGGCUCAUGAUGAACCCGGAGACAGGAAAGCCUAAAGGAUACGGCUUUGCCGAUUUCGCAGAUGCCGACGCUGCUGCUUCAGCCGUACGAAAUCUGAACGACUACGAGAUUAUGGGAAGAAAAAUCCGGGUGGACUGGCCUCAUAACAAUGAGAAGGACUCGGUCCCUGAAGACUACUCUGAAACACAGCAGCCAUACCAACAGCAGCUGCAUCAACAGCCAAAUCCCAGUUCUCUCCCUCCUCUACCGCCAGGUGUAGAAAUCCCGCCACAUCUCGACUGUCCAAACGCAAUUUCACAAACGCUGUCACAACUCCCACCGAACCAACUCCUUGAUGUCCUUUCACAAAUGAAGUCCUUGGCAGUCACAGAUCCUGCGCGGGCAACAGAGCUUCUCAGAACCGCUCCACAAUUGGCAUACGCCAUCUUUCAAGCCUUACUUCUUAUGAAUCUUGUCGACUAUAACACGCUUGGCGCUGUGGUCGAACAAGCAUCACAGCCAGCAGCCCCUGUGACAAAUCAACCGUAUCAACCAUACGGAGCUGUCCCAGCACAGGUUUCGACGCCUCCUGUCCACGCCACACCAUUCGCACCGCCGCCCAUGCCCCAACAACCAGCCGCAGUACCUCAACAAGUUCCAGGACAGGAAGAGCUGCUACAACAGGUGUUGAGCAUGUCACAGGCACAAAUCGACGCACUUCCGCCUAUGGAACGCAACCAAAUCCUUCUGUUACGACAACAACUCCUACAAGGUGGCUUGCGAUGA